GCUCUCAAGCUACACAUCCGGGCUUCUGCUACUAGUGAGGGGAAGAUGGCGGCCGCAACGGUGUUGGUUCCCGUAGAGUGGAUAAAGAACUGGGAGAAAUCGGGGAGAGGCGAAUUUUUGCAUUUAUGUCGGAUCCUCAGUGAAAAUAAAAGCCAUGAUAGUUCGACUUACAGAGAUUUCCAGCAAGCUCUCUAUGAAUUAUCAUACCAUGUGAUUAAAGGAAAUCUAAAGCAUGAACAAGCAUCUAAUGUUUUUAAUGACAUUAGUGAAUUUCGUGAGGAUCUGCCCUCUAUUCUUGCUGAUGUGUUCUGCAUAUUAGAUAUUGAGACAAAUUGUUUAGAAGAAAAGGGCAAGAGAGACUAUUUUACACAAUUGGUAUUAGCAUGUUUGUAUUUAGUUUCAGACACAGUUCUAAAGGAACGCCUGGAUCCAGAAACAUUGGAAUCAUUAGGUCUUAUCAAACAAUCACAGCAAUUCAAUCAAAAGUCAGUUAAAAUCAAGACAAAACUCUUUUAUAAGCAACAAAAAUUCAAUUUGUUAAGAGAAGAAAAUGAAGGUUAUGCCAAGCUGAUUGCUGAAUUGGGGCAAGAUUUAUCAGGAAAUAUUACCAGUGAUUUAAUCUUAGAAAAUAUCAAAUCUUUAAUAGGAUGCUUUAAUCUGGAUCCCAAUAGAGUUUUGGAUGUCAUUUUAGAAGUGUUUGAAUGCAGGCCGGAACACGAUGACUUCUUUAUAUCUUUAUUAGAAUCUUACAUGAGUAUGUGUGAACCGCAAACACUGUGUCAUAUUCUUGGGUUCAAAUUCAAGUUUUACCAGGAACCAAAUGGAGAGACUCCUUCAUCUUUAUACAGAGUUGCAGCAGUGCUUCUACAAGUAAAUCUUAUUGAUUUAGAUGAUCUCUAUGUACAUCUUCUUCCAGCUGAUAAUUGCAUUAUGGAUGAACAUAAACGAGAAAUUGUGGAAGCUAAGCAAAUUGUUAGAAAACUUACGAUGGUUGUAUUGUCUUCUGAAAAAAUUGAUGAGCGAGAGAAAGACAAAGAAAAAGAAGAUGAGAAAGUAGAAAGGCCACCUGACAACCAAAAACUUGGUUUGUUGGAAGCCUUAUUAAAGAUCGGUGAUUGGCAGCAUGCACAGAACAUUAUGGAUCAGAUGCCUCCAUACUAUGCUGCUUCACAUAAGCUAAUAGCUCUUGCUAUUUGCAAGCUCAUUCACAUAACUAUUGAGCCUCUCUACAGAAGGGUCGGCGUUCCUAAAGGUGCUAAAGGCUCACCUGUUAAUGCUUUGCAAAAUAAAAGAGCACCAAAACAAGCAGAGAGCUUUGAAGAUUUGAGGAGAGAUGUCUUCAAUAUGUUCUGUUACCUUGGUCCUCACCUUUCUCAUGAUCCCAUUUUAUUUGCAAAAGUGGUGCGCAUAGGCAAAUCAUUUAUGAAGGAGUUUCAAUCUGAUGGAAGCAAACAGGAAGAUAAAGAAAAAACGGAAGUUAUCCUUAGCUGCUUGCUUAGCAUUACCGACCAGGUACUACUUCCAUCUCUUUCUUUGAUGGACUGCAAUGCUUGUAUGUCUGAGGAAUUGUGGGGAAUGUUUAAAACAUUUCCGUAUCAGCACAGAUACCGUCUGUAUGGCCAAUGGAAGAAUGAAACUUAUAACAGUCACCCACUUUUAGUAAAAGUUAAAGCUCAAACAAUAGACAGAGCCAAAUAUAUCAUGAAGCGUCUAACCAAGGAAAAUGUAAAGCCGUCUGGAAGACAGAUUGGGAAGUUGAGCCACAGUAAUCCAACCAUUUUGUUUGAUUACAUCUUGUCACAAAUACAGAAGUAUGAUAACUUAAUAACACCUGUAGUAGAUUCACUGAAAUACCUCACUUCAUUGAAUUAUGAUGUCUUGGCCUAUUGUAUCAUUGAAGCUUUAGCUAAUCCUGAGAAGGAAAGAAUGAAACAUGAUGACACAACCAUCUCAAGCUGGCUUCAGAGUCUGGCUAGUUUCUGUGGUGCAGUUUUUCGUAAAUAUCCAAUUGAUCUUGCUGGUCUUCUUCAAUAUGUGGCUAAUCAGCUAAAGGCGGGCAAAAGUUUUGACUUGCUUAUAUUGAAAGAAGUGGUACAAAAAAUGGCAGGAAUAGAAAUUACAGAGGAAAUGACAAUGGAGCAACUAGAGGCCAUGACUGGUGGAGAGCAACUAAAAGCUGAGGGUGGUUAUUUUGGCCAGAUCAGAAACACUAAAAAAUCUUCCCAGAGACUAAAGGAUGCUCUACUGGACCAUGAUCUUGCUCUUCCCCUCUGUUUGCUUAUGGCUCAGCAGAGGAAUGGGGUGAUCUUUCAGGAAGGUGGAGAGAAACAUUUGAAACUUGUGGGAAAACUCUAUGAUCAGUGUCAUGAUACCCUGGUACAGUUUGGUGGGUUUUUAGCAUCUAAUCUAAGCACAGAAGAUUAUAUAAAACGAGUGCCUUCAAUUGAUGUGCUCUGUAACGAAUUUCAUACACCCCAUGAUGCAGCAUUUUUCCUGUCUAGGCCAAUGUAUGCACACCAUAUUUCAUCCAAGUAUGAUGAACUUAAAAAAUCAGAAAAGGGAAGUAAACAGCAACAUAAAGUUCACAAGUACAUCACAUCAUGUGAAAUGGUGAUGGCUCCUGUCCAUGAAGCAGUGGUCUCCUUACAUGUUUCCAAAGUCUGGGAUGACAUCAGCCCUCAAUUCUAUGCCACCUUCUGGUCAUUGACAAUGUAUGACCUUGCAGUUCCACAUACCAGCUAUGAACGGGAAGUCAGUAAACUUAAAGUCCAGAUGAAAGCAAUUGAUGACAAUCAAGAAAUGCCUCCAAAUAAAAAGAAAAAAGAAAAGGAGCGCUGUACUGCCCUUCAAGACAAGCUUCUUGAAGAAGAAAAGAAACAGAUGGAACAUGUACAGCGAGUUCUACAGAGACUGAAACUGGAAAAGGACAACUGGCUUUUAGCAAAAUCUACCAAAAAUGAGACCAUCACAAAAUUUCUACAGCUCUGUAUAUUUCCUCGAUGUAUUUUUUCAGCAAUUGAUGCUGUCUACUGUGCUCGUUUUGUUGAAUUGGUACACCAGCAGAAAACUCCAAAUUUUUCCACACUUCUUUGUUAUGAUCGAGUUUUUUCUGACAUAAUUUACACAGUUGCAAGCUGUACUGAAAAUGAAGCUAGUCGGUAUGGGAGAUUUCUUUGUUGCAUGUUAGAGACUGUAACCAGAUGGCACAGUGAUAGAGGUACAUAUGAAAAGGAAUGUGGAAAUUAUCCAGGAUUUCUUACUAUAUUGCGGGCAACUGGAUUCGAUGGUGGAAAUAAAGCUGAUCAAUUAGACUAUGAAAAUUUUCGACAUGUUGUACAUAAAUGGCAUUACAAACUAACCAAGGCAUCGGUGCAUUGCCUUGAAACAGGCGAAUAUACUCAUAUCAGGAAUAUCUUGAUUGUGCUAACAAAAAUACUUCCUUGGUAUCCAAAAGUUUUGAAUCUGGGUCAAGCUUUGGAAAGAAGAGUGCAUAAAAUCUGCCAAGAAGAAAAAGAGAAGAGGCCUGAUCUAUAUGCAUUGGCUAUGGGCUACUCUGGGCAGUUGAAAAGUAAAAAGUCAUACAUGAUACCUGAAAAUGAGUUUCAUCACAAAGACCCCCCUCCGAGGAAUGCAGUUGCCAGUGUACAAAAUGGGCCUGGUGGUGGGUCUUCUUCAUCGUCAAUAGGAAGUGCAUCUAAAUCUGAUGAAAGCAGUGCUGAGGAGAAUGAUAAAUCAAGGGAGAGAGCUCAGUGUGGUGUGAAAGCUGUUAAUAAAUCUUCUAGUGCCACACCGAAAGGGAAUUCAAGCAAUGGAAAUAGUGGCUCUAACAGCAGCAAAACCAUUAAAGAAAAUGACAAAGAAAAAGGGAAAGAUAAAGACAAGGAGAAAAGAGAAAAGACUCCAGCUACUACUCCAGAGGCCAGGGUACUUGGUAAAGAUGGUAAAGAAAAACCGAAGGAAGAGCGGCCAAAUAAAGAUGAAAAAGCAAGAGAGACGAAGGAAAGAACACCUAAGUCCGACAAAGAGAAAGAAAAAUUCAAGAAGGAAGAAAAAGCUAAAGAUGAGAAAUUCAAGACCACUGUCUCCAAUGUAGAAUCAAAAUCAACUCAAGAGAAGGAAAAAGAGAAGGAACCAUCCAGAGAAAAAGAUAUAGCAAAGGAAAUGAAAUCAAAGGAAAAUGUUAAAGGAGGAGAAAAAACGCCAGUUUCUGGGUCCUUGAAGUCACCUGUUCCCCGAUCAGAUACUACUGAGCCUGAAAGGGAACAAAAACGCCGCAAAAUUGAUACCCACCCUUCUCCAUCACAUUCCUCAACAGUAAAGGUUACAGCCUUACUUCCCAAAGUUCUUCUGGGUUCUGAGAACUAUGCCAGCUCACCUGUCAUCUCCAUUCAUUUUCUACAGGACAGUCUCAUCGAACUCAAGGAGUCUUCAGCAAAGCUCUACCUUAAUCAUACUCCUUCACCACUGUCCAAGAGUAAGGAGAGAGAAAUGGACAAGAAAGAUUUGGACAAGUCAAGGGAAAGAUCCAGAGAAAGAGAGAAAAAAGAUGAAAAGGACAGGAAAGAGCGGAAAAGGGAUCACUCAAACAAUGAACGUGAAGUGCUACCGGACUUAACCAAGAGGCGAAAAGAGGAGAAUGGAACAAUGGCAGUUUCAAAACACAAAAGUGAAAGUCCAUGUGAGUCUCCUUAUCCGAAUGAGAAAGACAAGGAAAAAAAUAAGUCAAAAUCUUCAAGCAAAGAAAAAGGAGGUGAUUCAUUUAAAUCUGAAAAGAUGGAUAAAAUCUCCUCCAGUGGCAAAAAGGAGUCCAGGCAUGAUAAAGAAAAGAUAGAAAAGAAAGAGAAACGUGACAGUUCAGGAGGAAAGGAAGAGAAGAAACAUCAUAAGUCCUCAGACAAACACAGAUAAUGAAGACUUUCAAUCAAGGCUAUGGACAGAUCCCUAAGCUGAAGGUCUCCCAGAGGAGGAUGCCAAAGCUCCAUGCGUCACUCUAGGAACGGUAUCUCCCAUAAUUAAGAGCUUCUGGUGCUGUCCAUUUAAUGGGAAUCUGCUUUAAGUCAGAAGAUGAAUAUAUACCACCAUCCUCUUGAUGAGACAUUCCAAAGUCACUGAUUUUCAGAACAUUAUUUUCACCUCCAGACAGUUCCUUUGCAGCAAGGUCCCUGUGUAUACAAUUUUUACUUGAAAUUCGCCAUCCAGAAGCAGCAUCUAAUGAAAAUUUCACUAACUGUUCCAGUUUAUCCUUCUUUCUCAGAAAGGAGAGGAAAUCGCCUCCUGGAACCAGUUCCUUAAUAAUGUAGAUAGACUGCAUUUGUGUAUGAACUCAUAAGUUUGACAAUAUUGGGAUGAUUGUAUUGCUUGAGGAUUUUGCCUUCUUGUAAAAAUUUUAAUUUCCAUUCCUGGGAAAGAUCAUCUUUACGUGUU